GGUUGAUGCUCCAAUAGUGUUGUUGUUUGGAUUCUGUACUAUCUGGAUUCAUUCAUUCACACUCUCACAGCUUCACACCAUUGACUUGUGACUUUUCUUCCUUCAUUCACUCUCUUCACUCUCUUUCACCAGAUCCACACUCACUCACUCACCAUUUUCCCGAGAAAAUCCUCCAUUUUCCAUGAAAAUCCUCUCACCCUAGAUCCCCAAUGGUCGCCACCACCACCACCUCUGCAAAACCCGCUUCAUCUCCAAUGGAUCUCCUUCACUCCCUCUCCCUCCCUCAAUCCCUCAAGUUCAAAACCAAGCAACAAGAGCUUCUCCUCCGCGUCACCACUCUCACCCUCAUCUACAUCCUCGCCUUCAUCACGCGCCUCUUCAGCGUCCUCCGCUACGAAUCCAUGAUCCACGAAUUCGACCCUUACUUCAACUACCGCACCACCCUCUACCUCACGCGCCACGGCUUCUCCGAGUUCUGGAACUGGUUCGACUCCGAUUCAUGGUACCCCCUCGGCCGCAUCAUCGGCGGCACGCUUUACCCUGGCCUCAUGCUCACCGCCGCCGCUCUCUACAAAAUCCUCCACUUCCUCCGCUUCGCUGUUCACAUCCGCGAGGUCUGUGUCCUCACCGCGCCGUUCUUCGCCUCCAACACCGCCAUCGUCGCGUACUUCUUCGGGAAGGAGAUUUGGGACUCCGGUGCUGGGAUCGUCGCCGCCGCGCUCAUCGCGAUCUGCCCUGGAUACAUCUCGCGCUCUGUUGCUGGGUCGUAUGACAAUGAAGGGGUGGCGAUCUUUGCUCUGCUUCUCACGUUUUACCUGUUUGUGAAGGCGGUGAACACUGGGUCGCUGGCGUGGUCGCUGGCUUCGGCGUUUGGGUAUUUCUACAUGGUUUCGGCGUGGGGUGGUUACGUUUUUAUCAUCAAUUUGGUGCCGCUUUAUGUGUUGGUGUUGUUGGUUACUGGGAGAUACUCGUUGAGGCUUUAUGUUGCUUAUAAUUGUGUGUAUGUGUUGGGAAUGUUGCUUGCCAUGCAGAUUAGGUUUGUGGGGUUCCAGCAUGUUCAAUCUGGGGAGCACAUGGCUGCUAUGGGAGUGUUUUUCCUGCUUCAGGUGUUUUUCUUCUUGGACUAUGUAAGGCAUUUGCUUGGUGAUAAAAAGUUGUUCCAAGCAUUUUUGAGGAUCACCGUAACUGGUGCAGUCGGUGUUGGUGCCAUUGCCUUGGGAGUGGGCACAGCAACUGGUUUUAUUUCUCCAUGGACUGGAAGGUUUUACUCCUUGCUUGAUCCAACGUAUGCUAAGGAUCAUAUUCCAAUUAUUGCAUCUGUCUCUGAGCAUCAGCCUACUGCUUGGUCAUCCUUCAUGUUUGAUUUCCAUAUCUUGUUGUUCCUUUUCCCUGCUGGGCUCUAUUUUUGCUUCAAGCGCUUGACUGAUGCCACAAUCUUCAUAGUUAUGUAUGGUCUUACAAGCAUGUAUUUUGCUGGUGUUAUGGUUCGGUUAAUUCUUGUCGCUACCCCUGCUGUAUGCCUCAUUAGUGCUAUUGCGGUUUCUGCCACUGUGAAGAAUUUGACUCAGGUGGUGAGGGCCAAAAGCCAGGCUGGUCAAAGUGGAUCUAGUAAAGGAACUAGUACUACAAAAGGUUCUUCAAAGGGUGUAAUUGAUAAUUCCCAGCCUUUCCAAAAGAACGGUGCUAUGGCGUUACUUCUUGGUGCUUUUUAUCUGCUCAGUAGAUAUGCUAUUCACUGUACUUGGGUCACAUCUGAGGCUUACUCAUCUCCCUCAAUUGUCUUGGCUGCAAGGGGUGCCCAUGGCAACAGGGUCAUCUUUGAUGACUACCGUGAGGCUUACUUUUGGCUUCGACAGAAUACACCACCAGAUGCCAAGGUGAUGUCAUGGUGGGAUUAUGGUUAUCAAAUCACUGCCAUGGGAAACAGAACAGUUAUUGUUGACAAUAACACUUGGAACAAUACACACAUAGCUACUGUUGGGCGUGCAAUGUCAUCUUAUGAGGAUGAGGCUUAUGAUAUAAUGAGAUCGCUUGAUGUUGACUAUGUAUUAGUCGUGUUUGGUGGUGUUACUGGUUAUUCUUCUGAUGAUAUUAAUAAAUUUCUAUGGAUGGUGAGAAUUGGUGGUGGAGUUUUUCCUGUAAUAAAAGAACCUGAUUACCUUGUCAAUGGGGAGUAUCGUGUGGAUAAAGGAGCAGCUCCCAAGAUGUUGAACUGUCUCAUGUACAAGCUGUCUUAUUAUCGGUUUGGGGAGCUGACAACAGAAUAUGGCAAACCACCCGGCUAUGAUCGUGCAAGAGGUGUUGAAAUUGGAAAUAAGGACAUAAAGCUGGAGUACUUGGAAGAGGCGUUCACUACCCAAAAUUGGAUAGUUCGUAUUUAUAAAGUGAAACCACCUAAAAAUCGGUGGUAAGGCCAAACUUCAAUCCCCCCAACUUCCUCACAGCCUCACAAAAAUCGAAAAAAGGACUUUGUUUUCUCUGCGGGAAAUGAUAGCAUUCUAGUGAACUUGAGAGCUGAAAUUCUGUUAGUUAUAUCAUAUAGAUUGGGACUAAUUUUUGAAGUAUUUAUAUGUAGAAUACUAGAAUUCAGUUGAGGUAAUUUUAUGGAUUUUUAUUUUAA